CAUCCCUAAUUCGAAUACACGUGCGGCUUAACAAUUAUUCUGUGCGGCUGGAAUUUCUAUUUAACUUAGAUUCCAAAGAAAAUUGAUACAUUUCUGUACCGCGUAGCUGUUCCUUGAUUGCCGAAAUGAGUGACGAUGAGUCAUCUGAUGGUUUGGAGGAGCUGAAAGAGCUGAUGGCCGUUUACGCCAAGCAUGAAAACAAGUCGGACACAACUCGGACGACGGCGUCUGAUAAAAAAGACGCAGUGGAAGCCACGUAUGUGGAGGUGCCAACGGAAAAGGUGGUAUUCGGCGACAUGAAGACGUUUCUCUCCAACUUGGCCAAGUCAGUGGGCAAGAAGCGCGCCAAGCGCGAAGGCGAAAGCAAAACAGUCGCCACUGAUAACUAUGAUGAAGACGAGCAAGAGGAAUCUGCCAAGAAACCGAAACCGGCGUGGACAGAUUCCGAUGACGAGGACAUUCAGUUGGGUGAUAUUAAGCGUGCAACAAGGCACACAGGACCCCUGACACACUUGCGCAAGGACAAAUCUUACAAGGAGUAUCUCACGGCACGCUUCCAACGCACCGUCAGUCAGCCAAAAUGGGCAACGCUCGGGACGAAAACGGAGCACGCCGAUUCCGACGGUGCUGACGACGCCUCCGAGGAAGAGCCGCUGCUGAAGACCGUUGGCUUCAUCGACCACAAGGCCAAGUCGCGCGGUCUGCGACCCACAAACUUGCAAUUCAAGCGGGCUCGCGAUCUAAAUCGAGCCACAUACAGCGAAGGCGUCGUCUCCAGCAUUCAGUUCCAUCCGACGAGCACAGCGGCCCUGGUCGCCGGCGAGAGUUGUCUGGCGACCAUCUACAGCGUCGACGGAGUGAAGAACGAGAAGCUCCACAGCAUACGCUUCCACAAGUUCCCGCUGACCUGUGCACGGAUUGCGCCCUGCGGUACGCGUGCCUUCUUUGGGUCAGUGCGACCCUUCUACUAUUCCUACGAUCUGCUCGAGGCCAAGGAGACCAAACUGAAAUUGCCCUCCAAGACGAGCUGUAUGCGUGUGUUCGAGGUCUCCCCAUGCGGCAAAUAUAUCGUGACAGCUGGCAAAUUCGGAGCGAUCCAUCUGCUGACGUCGCACACCAAUGAGCUGCUGCACAGCUUCAAGCAGGAGGGUCCGCUGAUGGACAUGUGCUUUACGGCGGAUUCGCAGCGACUGCUCUGCGUCGGCUCCAAUUGCAAUGUGAAUGUUUUGUCGCUGCGCCAGAAUCGCAUUGAGCACAGCUUCAUCGAUGAUGGCUGCGUCCAAGGCAAAUCCAUUCAGCUGUCGCCCAAUCAACGACUCCUGGCCACCGGCAGCAAUGAGGGCGUUGUCAAUCUGUACGACUACGAGAGCAUCUACAAGUCGGGAGCACCGCAGCCGGAGAAGCGUUUCAUGAAUCUGCGCACAGCAAUCACCGACCUUCAAUUCAAUCACACAUCCGAGCUGCUCGCGAUGGGCUCGCGCCUCGUGCCCAACGCCAUAAAGGUGGCCCAUUUCCCCACCGCAACGGUCUAUGCCAACUUUCCCAAUCAACAGGAGAAUGUGGGCUAUGUGAACACCAUGGCAUUCUCGCCAAACAGCGGCUAUUUCGCUAUCGGCAGCAAGGGCAAAAAAGCGCCACUCUUUAGACUUAAACACUUCAAAAACUAUUGAAUAAUGGAUUUGUAAGCAGAACGUUUUUAAAUGGUAUCAAAAAUAUAAUCUAAAAUGUU